GGAUAAAUUGUGGAACAUCACAGGUCAGUUCUAGGACUAGUCAUACGGACAUUGUUUGGUUUCACAGCCAAACCUGCUCUUUCAACCGACAGCAGCUUGCAUCUCUUGGACGUUCACUUCUCACUGACUACGGAUAUGCUGAAAGGGAAGUUAAUUCUUCUUUUGCUCUUAUGGCCGAUCUCCUGCGCAGUUGGUAUGGAAGAUGAUGAACUCUCUCUCAUAACGAACACCUGGAAAACGAACACAGAAAAACGAAACACUUGGUGGAGUAAAAAAUCGGUUCCAGAAGCACGAUCUAACUUGGACAUGUUUAACGAAGAUAGCAGCUUAUGUUCCAGCGUUGUGAAUGCCGUCGGUUGUUAUAUUGACAGCUGUGUCCCAACUUUUCUCGAGUGCUGCCGCCUGGCGGAAAGUAGGCCAGCUUUUCUCCGCUGCAAGCAGACUCAUCGCAACUGUAUUGUUAGCUGUUUUCGGGACUCGAAGAAACUCUUGGCUUAUGCUAAUGCUCUUCAUUGAUUUAAACAAUAACUUUAAUUGAUAAGAAGAAAGAAGAUUGAUCCAACACAAAAAUAAAUAAAUAUAUA